UUAGCACUUCUUAAUAGUGUACCAUAGAUUCUACAAUGUUUUUUUUUUCCUCAUCAUACUUUUGAGGCAGUGCCCCAGCCUGGCUGCCCCGCAUUUCAAAUGUUCUAGUCACGCCCCUAGCAUUAAGUCGUGUGUGGACAAAAUUCGCUCCAGUGUCAAUUUGACUCUGCUGGGAGUUUCGCGUACUGCUAUAUUUAAAGAACACUAUCGGAAUCCCGUGAAGAAAAACAGUUUAAAAAAGAUGCCAGGAGAGAGACUGUCAAUCCGAGAUAACUCUGCUGUCGGCCGUUUCCACGGUGUUUCUGCCAGCAAUGGCCAGGCCGUCCCAGAGAGACACAGCGAGUCCAAAAUGAAGAAAGAAGAGAGCGGAUGCCGGCGUUGGUUUCGGAGGGCUUGUCCGUGUUGCUUCCGGCGUCAGAACAGCUCGAAUGAUGUGACCAUUGACACUGAAGGUGGGGCUGUCGGGGACGGAGAGAAUGAAGGGCCGACGUCUCCGAUGACUGCCACUGGAGAUACAGAGCUGGGCGAGUUGACUCUAGCAGUGCGUUCUGUGGAUCUGCUCAGCCAGAAAUCUGAUCGGAACAAGAAGGAGCAUCACACGGAUCAAUACCACAGCGACCAGCUCGUCGUCCGCAGAGGCCAGACUUUCCAAAUAGAACUCGACCUCUCACGAACUUUCAACCCAAACACAGAUAAACUUCACCUGGAACUGAAGACAGGGCCGCUCCCGCAGGUGUCGAAGAGGACACACAUCAUCAUACCGCUGGUGGACGAGCUCGAGGAUGAGCGCUGGGAGGCCAAGAUCGUGGAGCAGAAUGUCAACCGGGUCAAGCUGUCUGUCAACUCCCCCAUCACUGCUGUUAUCGGGAAGUACAAGCUGACCGUCACAACGCAAUGUCUGAAGACGAGUGAAACUACCACGCAUGACUCCGACAAAGACAUUUACAUGCUCUUCAAUCCCUGGUGUGAAGAUGACACAGUGUACAUGGAGGGUGAGAAAGAGCUGAAGGAGUAUGUCUUAAAUGACACUGGAAGAAUCUACUAUGGCACUGAGAAGCAGAUCGGAGCUCGUACAUGGAACUUCGGCCAGUUUGAUGAAGGAAUUCUGGAGGCCUGUCUGUUUGUGCUGGAUAAUAGCGAGGUUCCUCCCUCGGGUAGAGGAGAUCCUGUCAAUGUGGUCCGAGUCAUUUCUGCCAUGAUCAAUUCCCCGGAUGACCGUGGUGUUCUGGAGGGAAACUGGUCUGGGAAUUACGCAGGUGGGACGUCUCCCACGGCUUGGAGUGGAAGUGUUGAAAUCCUCAGGCAAUACCACAAAGAAGGAGGAACGCCUGUCAAAUACGGCCAGUGCUGGGUGUUUUCUGGGGUCACAACCACAGUAUUGAGAUGUCUAGGUAUUCCUACCCGUUCCGUAACUAAUUUCCAGUCUGCCCAUGAUACGGAUGUGUCCUUGACAACAGAUGUGUAUUUUGAUGAGAUCAUGGAACCAAUCCAUCAUCUCAACUCGGACUCUAUAUGGAACUUCCAUGUUUGGAAUGACUGCUGGAUGGCUCGUCCGGAUCUGCCUCCUGGUAUGGGUGGCUGGCAGGCCGUGGAUUCCACACCCCAGGAGACCAGUCACGGGACGUUCCGCUGCGGCCCGGCGUCACUGGCCGCUAUCCGCUCUGGACAGGUGUACCUUAAAUUCGACACACCUUUCGUCUUCGCUGAGGUGAACAGUGAUAAGAUCUACUGGCAGAGGAACCUGGACAGCACCUUCAGUCAGAUCCACAGUGAGAAGAAAGCUGUCGGUCACUGCAUCAGCACUAAGGCGGUGGGCUCCGACGAGCGGGUCGACAUCACACACCUUUACAAAUAUCCUGAAGACUCAGAGGAGGAGCGUAUCGCCGUGGAAACCGCCUGUCGCUAUGGCAGUAAACCCGACGUCUACUCCAGUCCCAUUGCUGAGGACGUGCGGGUGGAGGUGAUGAUGGAGGGGGAAGGUCCACGCAUGGGAGGAGAUGCUCAGCUGAAGAUCGUGGUGAAGAACACCAGCUCUCAGCCGCGCAGAACCACCCUCCACAGCCAGGUGGCGGUCAUGUACUACACCGGCGUGCUGAAGGACACCGUGAAGAAGGACACGCUUAAUGUGGAGCUCAAGCCACAGGAAGAGAAGAUCAUUGACUGGGUGCUGCCAUACACGCAGUAUCAGAAUCAGCUGGUGGACCAGGCUGCGCUCAUGCUGACCCUGUCAGGACGGGUCAGUGAGACCCAGCAGGUUUUGGCCAAUCAGACCAGCUUUAGGCUCCGAACACCUGAUCUCCACAUUGAGCCUAUAGGAGAGGCGUGUGUGGGCAAGGAGACGUCCGCGAAGAUCACCUUCACAAAUCCUCUGCCUUGUACUCUCCGUAAUGUGGUUAUCCGAGUGGAAGGACUGGGGCUGAGAGACCUCCAUCCCAUCAGAGUCGGUGAUGUGAGCAAACAUGCCAAUGUGACGGUGACGGAGCACUUCAUCCCCACGAUAGCGGGCAAGAGGAAGCUGGUGGCAUCUCUGGACUGCAAACAGCUGUCGCAGGUGCACGGCGUGGCCGACAUCGACGUUCACGAGAGCCAGUGAAUUCAGUCUGCUGUUCAGACUUCACAGUAUUAUAUCUGCAUUAUAACUGCACAAAGCAUUUUUAAGUAGUUUACGCUGAGCCAUAUGGUUAUUUCUUUAAAGAAAUAACCCUUUUUUCACAUAAGAGCGCUCCUACUGUAUGUCCCUAAUUUGAAGUUAGUUUUUAUUUCAUUUUAGACAUUUAUUUAAAAAACUGUAUUUGCUUUACUGUGUGUAUUAACUGUUGUUUAGUUUAGUUGAUCAAAUGUUUCUAUUUGCCACUGAAAAAAGUAAGCUCUUAUAUAUUAGCACAUGGUUAUUAACAUUUUAUUUAAUGACUGUUCAUCUAAAAUAUCAUAAUUGUUGUUUAAACGAUAUGCGAUGUGAAAAUUAAUCAAGUAUAUUGCAAAAAACAAACAAAAACACACCCAGAAAGUACACGCAUACACUAUGAGAUGCAGUUUAGACUAAUGCGCGAGCAUAUUUAGAAUUCACACUAUCACUGCAUGAUUUAGUCUAUUAAAAUACAUUUAGAAUUCCCCCAAAAUUCAAGACAAGGGGGCAAAUAUGUCCCUGUAUGACUUUUAUAUGUCUUUUAUAUUUAUAUCAGCUGAUACAGUUAAUAUCACACAAAGAGUAGUUUUUUUCUCCAAAUAUCA